ACGUAUUAUAUGACUCGCUCGUAGGGCGAUUAGUAAGCUGGGGUAGUUCUCAAAUCACAAUCGCACACAGACCGACGAGCGACGAGCGGACGAGCGACGACCGACAGACUGAACAAAACUCACUGGCAACCGAGUUGGGUCGCGUUAAUUGACUCGACUGCGACUGUUUAGCAUUCAGCGUUAUUAUUAUACACAUUAUACGGCAUUAUGCGAUCGCAGCGACGACUCUCGUCGCUUCCCAAUGUUUACUCAGUUCGUUAUCAGCACGGCUAUAAGGCUUUCAAGCCGUGCGACCGCAAAAAAAGAAUUGCCUAAAAGUUCCAUUGAUAAUGCCAAGCUCUAUAUACUGUGUGUGUGUGUGUGUGUGUGUGUGUGUGUGUGUGUGUGUGUGUGUGUGUAUGAGCUGUAGGUAUUUUUGGGAAUGUGUGUUUACCAGAUUCAUUAUCAGUUAUCAGUGGGGUCUAUCGUGCGCCUGAGUCAGAAACAAAGCCCCCGAUAAGCGAUCCCCAUUGUAACCCAAGUGAUUGGCAAUUUGCUCGACUGCAGACGCGUUGACGUCAGUUAUCCGAUAUUUAUUCCAAUAAAUGGAUGUCAGAUUGUCAUCUUGUUGGGCAAUUAAGUGACAUUCGCUGGUGACAAGCUGCUCGGGGAUCCAAAUCCUAAUUACAUAAUCACGAGUAGGAAAUAUAGUACACAUGUGUAUGUACUCAACUUAUUAAUAAACGACUAGUUUCUUUUUAGAUUUAGAUUCUAUUUGGAAGCUAAAGCUGUCAACACUGUUUGCCAUGUGGCGACGAAGCCCCACAGCCAGAGCUCUCCCUCUCGCAAACAUGACUAAGCCAAACAACUUGACAACACUGUCGGGGGAAUUGUUGCUGCUUUUGAGUCAAUUCAUAAGAAACGAGGAAACCCGCCGCCAUGUCGUUGUUGCUGCCUUAUUAUAUACAUACAAAUGUGGAUGUGUAUGUGCAUUGGCAUGAGCAUGAAUCAAGUUAAAAAUUUUAAUAAUUUUGCCCGAUGUUGUGGCUGUAAACGAGUUUAGCUUGUUGAACUUGUGUGUGUGUAUAUAAGAGUGCGGCUACUUGUUUUCUUCAUCUUCUUCUUCUUGCUCGGACACUGCAAUAAUAUAUUACACCCAUACAGAUGCAAAAAUGAAGAGCUUGAUAAGCGCUGUAUGCGCCAUAUCUCUUUCUUUUUGAAGGGGGAAAAGGAAGGGGCGCCCGUGACGUUCCCGUGUCUCAUUGUUAUUGUUGUUGCCCACUCAGCCGUGGUGAAGUGUUAUAGGAAAUCAAAUUAAGGCGAUUAAAGAGCGGGUACACGCGCUCUCAAAAAGAAAGAGAGAAGAGGAUCGCUCUCAAGACAUGAGAUACGGAUUUUGAUGACUACUUGAAUACCCUACAGCACGUUCUUGUGGCGCCAUUUAUUUGCAUAAUUAAAGCCGUUCGGCUAGAUGGUAGGCGAGAUUAGAAGUCGCUAAGAUGAUGGCAGCCUCUAAUUAGCAGUUGGAUAUUACGCAUAAAUUGAAAUUAUCAGCCUGCAAUGAUGCAGGAUAUCGGUAACGUGGGCCAGACCCAUUUGCAGCCCCGCGUGCUCUUCAAUGAAACGGUUUUAAAGGACCACAAACUGACCAGCACCGACAUCGAGGAGUUCGUGAAAUUAUGGCAGGAGUUUCAGAUGAAGAACAUAACCCCGUCGGUGGAUGAAUGUCAGGGCUAUUGCCAGGGGGAAAUUUACAACUGGCUGCGCGCCUACAACAGCAUCCAUGGAUACGUUUCCCUGAUGAUUUGCAUAUUCGGGACAAUAGCAAACAUCUUGAACAUAAUGGUCCUUACACGAAAGGAAAUGGCCAAGACGCCCAUAAAUAACAUCCUCAAGUGGUUGGCCGUUGCCGAUAUGUUUGUGAUGCUGGAAUAUAUACCCUACACUUCGUAUCAGUAUAUAUAUAUGGGUCCAGGUGAAAAAGAUUUGAGCUACACCUGGGCGGUUUGUCUGCUGGUCCACAUGCACUUUACCCAAAUCCUUCAUACAAUUUCCAUAGGAUUGACCGUAACACUGGCAGUGUGGCGAUAUGUGGCCAUCAGCCAAAUGUUACCGUCUCUAUUCCACAGACAUCCGAAUGGGGGCUGUGCCAACUUCCUGCUCGCACAUUCCCGGGAGGCGAUCCUCCUGCCCUUCAUCCUGUCGCCGAUCCUCUGCCUGCCCACGUACUUUGUGUUCAAGGUGCGCGAAACGUACGAUGUGGACAAGGUCAACUCGGAGGCCAUGUACCACGUCUACUUCGAAAAGGAUUCGGUGCUCUACAGGUUCAAUUUCUGGAUACAUUCCGUGCUUAUUAAACUUCUGCCGUGUGGCAUAUUGAUUGUGAUCAGUGCAGUGCUCAUGCAUGUUUUGUGUGAGGCCUCGAGACGUCGUCUAAAGCUAAGGGACUACAAUAAUCCCGCAAAGUAUGCCAUCCAGCUGAACCUGAACGAACCCAAGUCCAAGAAGCCUCCUCGCUGUGACCGUCGCAAUGAUCGAACUACUCUUCUACUGGUGGCAGUACUGGUUCUGUUUCUGAUCACCGAAUUCCCGCAGGGAUUACUGGGUCUUCUGUCCGGGGUGAUGGAGAAGUGCUUCUUCGCCCACUGCUAUCCACCAUUUGGCGAACUGAUGGACCUUUUGGCCCUGAUCAAUGCCGCCGUGGGAUUCGUGCUCUACGGAUUGAUGUCGAAGCAGUUCCGAUCCACCUUUAGGUCGCUCUUUAUGAAGCGCCACUUUGGCAGCACCGAGAUGACCCGGCUAACACGAGUUACCACAACAUGCGUUAUAAAUUCGACAGACAGAGUAUCUCCUAGAUGUGAUCAAAACGAAGGCGAUUAUUUACGAGGAUUAGGUGAAGGACAUCCAAGAUGUUCCAGGCUGGCUCCAUUUGAAUUUCUAAAUUAUAAACUUUACAAAAGUUUCGUUAACUUAAAUAACGAAUAAAGUAUACUGUGAGUGCGGGAUAAAUUUGUACACUGGUUAAUGCACCGAUUUAUUGUUUUCUGCUUUACCUUCGUUGUCCGACUAAAUUUUUCUAAAGAUUAAAUGGUGCAUUAAUCGGUUCGAAAAUUGAUUCUGCUUGUGAUUUGGCUGUUUAGAAAGUGCCACUUCAUUUCCAACUUAAUUACGUUAGCCAGUUGGUGUUUCAAAUUCAUAUUAUAGUACAUAAGAUUUUGAUAGGCUAAGGCAGUACAUUCUGUACAAAUACGAGACAUUUACUUUUCACUAAGGCCAAACAAACGGAAUCCAUGAAUGUAACUAUAGCUAUGCUAAGAGGACAGAAAAACUCCAUGAGCCCCGAGUUGCUUUUUCUUCUUGGCUGGAAAUAUCAGGUUAUAUUUUGGUUAUACUUCGAUUACUGGAUUCCAGUUGAAAGUCAAUGCAUUUUACAUUGACUUUUGUUUUGCAAACCUAACCAUGUGUAUUAAAUAAGCUGCUUGACCUAUUUAUAAAUAAUUGUGAACACUUUCAAAUAAA